GUCGGAGAGGUAGGCGGAGGUGCGAUUCGCUUAGCUAUGUUAGGGGUUACAUACAUUUUAAAGCUUAUAUUGGUUAUCUAAUUAUAUCACAUAAUUAAGGAUAGACCCGGCGUUUCCGAUUAUGCUGUGUUGACAUACUGUAUGAACAUGCACUGUGGAUUUCACAUCGGAUGUUUUCGAAGUGUACACUGGCAGCUAGUUAGCCAACGUUUAAAAUGACAGUCGGAAAGUACUGGGAGUUUUUGGGGCUUUGCUGUUUGAAAUCACGUCAUUUUCCUGUGUCGCAGUAAGGUCAGGCCCCGAGUUUGAAGUGUGAAGCCAGGGGCUAUAGUUAUGUCGGAGCCGAAGGCCCCCACUCCGACACAGGGAGACACGUACAAAGGAUGGCUCUUUAAAUGGACUAAUUACAUCAAGGGCUACCAGCGACGAUGGUUCGUCCUGAGCAACGGUCUGCUGUCCUACUACAGGACCCAGGCAGAGAUGGGGCACACAUGCCGAGGCACCAUCAACCUGGCGACGGCGAACAUCGCGGUGGAGGACUCGUGCAACUUCGUCAUCUCCAACGGCGGUGCGCAGACGUACCACCUGAAGGCCAGCUCGGAGGUGGAGCGGCAGCGCUGGAUCACCGCCCUGGAGCUGGCCAAGGCUAAGGCCGUGCGCAUGCAGGCCGAGUCAGAUGAUUCAGGGGACGACUGCUCCACUUCCUCUUCCCCUCCCGCGGGACAGGGUGGGAGUAACCGAAAUUCGGAGGUGCAGUCCACCCUGCGCACCCUGGGCAGCAAGGUGGAAGACCUGAGCACCUGCAACGACCUGAUCGCUAAGCAUGGCUCCGCCCUGCAGAGGUCUCUGUCGGAGCUGGAGGGAGUGCGGCUCGGGGGCGAGACAGGGGACAAGAUUCGGCAGGUGACGGAGAGGGCCACACUGUUCCGCAUCACCUCCAACGCCAUGAUCAACGCGUGUCGGGACUUCCUGGCUCUGGCCCAGGCGCACAGUAAGCGCUGGCAGAAGGCCCUGCAGGCGGAGCGGGAGCAGAGGGUGCGGCUGGAGGAGACGCUGGAGCAGCUGGCCAAGCAGCACAACCACCUGGAGCGGGCCUUCAGGGGGGCCACCGUGCUGCCCGCCUCGCAGACCAGCCCCAGCCGGGAGAGCAAGGGCUCAGUGUCGGGGAAAGGGGACCUGAGUGAUGAGGAUGAUGAAAUCGAGUUUUUCGAUGCCAUGGAGGAUGUGGCUGAGUUUAUCACUGUACCCGCAGACCCCAAGUACCACAAGAGAUCAGGCAGCAAUAUCAGUGGUAUCAGCAGUGAGAUUGGAAUGGACGACCAGUCGCUUGACGAGCAGUCCCUGGCAUCCAAUCCGGAGUCUCCCCAGCCUCAGGAGGUGGAGCCUGUGAGGAAGAGGCGGACCCGCAUACCCGAUAAGCCCAACUAUUCGCUGAAUCUGUGGAGCAUCAUGAAGAACUGCAUCGGCAAAGAGCUCUCCAAGAUCCCCAUGCCUGUGAACUUUAACGAGCCCCUGUCCAUGCUGCAGCGGCUGUCUGAGGACCUGGAGUACUCCGAGCUGCUGGACAAGGCGGCCAAGUGCCAGAGCUCCCUGGAGCAGCUGUGCUACGUGGCGGCCUUCACCGUGUCGUCCUACUCAACCACUGUGCACCGCACCGGCAAGCCCUUCAACCCCCUGCUGGGGGAGACCUUUGAGCUGGACCGCCUGAGAGAGAGCGGCUACCGCUCCCUCUGCGAGCAGGUGAGCCACCACCCCCCCGCGGCCGCGCAUCAUGCGAUCUCCGAGAGAGGCUGGACCCUGAGGCAGGAGAUCGCCCUUGCCAGCAAAUUCAGGGGCAAAUACCUGUCCAUCAUGCCCCUGGGUUCAAUCCACUGUAUAUUUGAGAAGAGUAACAAUCACUACUCCUGGAAGAAAGUCACCACCACUGUUCACAACAUCAUUGUGGGGAAACUCUGGAUUGACCAGUCCGGGGAGAUCGACGUGGUGAAUCACCGCACCGGGGACCGCUGUCACCUCAAGUUCGCCCCCUACAGCUACUUCUCCAGAGACGUGGCCAGGAAGGUGACAGGCGUGGUGACGGAUAAGGACGGGAAGGCGCACUUCGUGCUGUCGGGGACGUGGGACGAGAGGAUGGAGUUCUCCCGCGUGAUGCAAAGCAGCCGGGGGGGGGAGAACGGCACCGAGGGCAAACAGAAGACUGUGUACCAGACACUGCGGGCCAGGGAGCUGUGGAAGAAGAACCCGCUCCCAGAGGGCGCUGAGAACAUGUACUACUUCUCCUCUCUGGCCCUGACGCUGAACGAGUCGGAGGAGGGCGUGGCUCCCACCGACAGCCGGUGGCGGCCGGACCAGCGUCUGAUGGAGGAGGGCCGCUGGGAGGAGGCCAACGCCGAGAAGCAGCGGCUGGAGGAGAAACAGCGCAGCGCCCGCCGAGAGCGGGAGAGGGAGGCGGCCCGCACCGCCAACUCCGCCGACGAGGGCACCCACCAGGACAACUACAAGGCGCUGUGGUUCGACCGCUUCGAGGACCCUGUCACCGGCGAGGUCACGCACAUCUACAGGGGAGGAUACUGGGAGGCCAAGGAGCAGGGCAGCUGGGAUGCCUGCCCCGACAUAUUCUGAGCCCGUCGGCCUGCCCGCGGACGGAAGCACCCCAGACGAGCCGCUAGCUGCCGUCGCCGUGAAGGGGCCGUGCGACAGGGCGACUGUCCCCUCGUAUUCUCACUAAUCACCCCCCUUUCAGCAUCCUGCUGCCCUCCUCUUCCAGCUGUGUGGCUGAGGGUGGGUGCAACCAACUGAGAAAGGGGGCGGGGGGGGGUCUUCCUUAAAGCGUUCAUCCAUUUUUAGACAGCGUCUCAUCCCCCCCCGCCUCUCCUUGAUUAAUAACCCGGUCCCAGCAGUUCUCUCUCCCCCUGCUUUCCUCUGUACUGGGUUUAGUUAAGUCAGAUUAAGCCUGAUUAUGAAAUACUAGCAAUUUAACACUGUUUGAACAGAGAGGUUUGACGUGAUUGCUCUCGUACCCCCCCCACCCCCCCCUAUCACACUAACCCCUGUGGGGUGCCCCUGGCCCCUGCACACCCCUCUCCCUCUUCCGUGGGGUGGCCUGGGGGUUCACAUUAAGGGAAAAGGGGGCACAGUGAUAACCAGGGGAGGGAAGGGUAAGCUUUUACUGUUUCACAGAUGCUGUGCUGGAAUGAGUGUGUGAGUGCUCUCUGUCUGUCUGUCUCUGUCUGUCUGUCUGAUGACCCCCAUAAUGCACCACAUACAGUUUUAGCAGGUAUUUAGAACAUGUAGAGUUUUUUUUCUUAUUACAUGGUUCUAGGAUAUGCAAAGAUUUUUUUUUUUACAUAUUAUUGCUUGGUUCUAGAACAUGCACAAAUCCAGAUGAUCUUGACAUCCUGUUCUAGAGUGAGCACAGUUCUACAGCUUCUUGCAGUUCUGUUCUAGAACAUGCACACUUCUGGCAGAUAUUAACAUGUGGUUCUAGUGGAGCUGCUAGCCAGCUUCAGGCAGUAUCAGCGUAAGUGUUACCGCCAGGUCCCUGGUCCUGGGUGUGCUCUGGGUGUGUUCCUCAGGGAGCCACUCCAGAGCCCGGUGGCUGAGGCCCAGGCCGUAGUGGGGUACUCAGCACUUUGAAGUGGCAUUCUCACCUCAGACGCAGUAUUCCGCUCAGGAGUGAGUCUCGGAACGGUUGGCGUGGCGACCGUGGAUAUGCACCUUCCGAACCAGGUCGGGAUAAGUGACCUGAAAUCUUUUCACUUGCAGUCAUGCACAAGGCAUGCCUUUUGGGAGGGGGAACUAUUAACA